GACGCGCUAAUAUAUAGUUUCAGCUUUUCUGCCUGUCCCUGAACGCACCGCGAUCGAAUCCGAACCCAAACAAGCGAGCGCCGUCGUGUGCUAGCGGCUAGCGGCUAGUUAGCAGUUAGCAGCUCUUUCCGAGCGACGUUCGACGCUCGACGACAACAUGCCCGUGGACGUGGAGCGGUGGAGCGGCCCUCUGGAGCUCCACGAGGUGGAGGACAAGCCCGGCCGGCCUCUGAGCGUCAAGUACGGCUCCGUGGAGAUCGACGAGCUGGGCAAAGUGCUCACGCCCACGCAGGUCCAGAAGCGGCCCACGCGCAUCGAGUGGGAGGGCUGUGACCCCAACAAACUUUACACUUUGGCCCUGACGGACCCCGACGCCCCCAGCAGGGGAGACCCCAAAUUCAGAGAGUGGCAUCACUUCCUGGUGGUCAACAUGAAAGGAAACGACGUGUCUUCCGGCGAGGUCUUGUCCGACUACGUGGGCUCCGGCCCUCCUCGAGGCACAGGUCUCCACCGCUACGUGUGGCUGGUGUACAGCCAGGCGGGGGCGCUGGCGUGCAGCGAGCGCGUCCUGGGCGACCGCUCGGGCGACGGCCGCGCCGACUUCAGCGUGCGCGCCUUCCGCCGCAAGUACGGGCUGGACGCGCCCGUGGCCGCCACCUGCUACCAGGCGCAGUGGGACGACUACGUGCCCAAACUCUACCGCCAGCUGGCCGGAAAGUAGGGAAAGCAAAACCCGAUGAAACAACCGAGCUGCUUAACGAUCACCUCGUUUCGCUUCCAAUUUGGGAAAAGGAGGAGACCAUUUGCUCCAACCUCAGCGAACAGUCCAUUUCUGUUUGAGCAGCGGGAUUUGGGGAAAAGUUGCUGACAAAUUACAAUUUUGAAAGUUAGUUUUCCAAUCCGUCUCGAUUGUAAAUGUCGACAAACGGAAUUAUUGCAUUUAAAAAAAGGGAAAACUGAAAAAAAUGAAAGCGUUUUCAAUUGAUGAAAAAUGGAGUCAAUUCAUCAUUGGCAGGGUGAUCGAGAUUUGUUGACGUACUUGUGAAUUGCAAUUAAAAAAAAAAAAGGCUGUUACAAAAGUGGAAAAAAGCUACUUUUGGUACUUGAAACAAAAAAACAAUGUUGGCAACAACAACAAAAAGAAUUGAGUAGCAGGAGACAAAACAAAUGAGAAGUUAAUAAAUUGGAAAAGUGUUUAAAAAAAAAAAAAAAAAAAGUGAUGUCACGUUUAAAAAAAAUAAAUAAAAAAAUAAAAAUAUGA